AAUACUCCCGUGCUGAGUCGCAUCGAUCGGGGGACAAGGCAGCCAUCAUUAACUACUACUAAGUUGACUACGGAGUAGAUGCUGCUGCUUCCCGAGACCCAUCGAUAAGCUCCAUUUCUUUGUUCAAGACCUUUCCGAGGAUCUUCUGGAUCGAUCUAAUCUCUUUCUCUUCCAUUCUUUCUUUCUUUUGAAUUUCUGUGAUUUGUGAUCUUGAUCAAUUUUUUUUUUGGGGGACGUCUCCUCGCCACGUGCCUCUCGUUUGUCUCGGCCAAAGUUGAGUAAGCCGUAGUUCAUCUUCAUCUCGGUCGUGGGUUCAACUACGCUGGGAUUUUCUCCUCCCCGCCUUUCUCUCCUCUCGCGCCUCCUGAAUCUCUUUCCCCACCACUCAAGAUACCGGUCGACUUACCCUAGUCACUCCUUUGUCUGGGAACCUGCUUCCUCGAGCAGACACCGUGGUUGCGCCCGGAUCGUUUUCCUUCGCGCAUGCCUGUCGCGGACGAAACACGCCCCCGCAUCGCCUUGUCUAUCUGCCCUCAAAGGACCUCCUGAUUCGCCCUUCACCUAGGGCCUUCUCCUAUAGCCACCGGAUAAUCGACACCUCGGACAGUCCCACCUUACAGCGUGCCGGCUCCGCUCCUCCAUCAUGGACGGGAUGGGGGAAGGCUCGGAGGGUAUGGGCUUUGAUAUGCCAAUGCUCAUGAACCAGCAGCCGAACCUCUUUGGCGCAUACGGCCCCGAGGGCUCCCCGAUGAAUUCAGUCCUCCCGAACCCCGCAUACGAUGACGCCGCGCUUAUGGCGGGUGACGACGCUAAUGAUUCCAAGAGAAGGAGGAUCGCACGGGCUUGCGACAUGUGCCGGAAGAAGAAGAUCAAAUGUGAUGGCAAGAUGCCCAAGUGCUCUCAUUGCCUCAACUACAAGACGGAAUGCGUGUUUACACAGGUCGAGAAGAAGCGAAAUCCUCCUAAAGGGGCCAAGUAUAUCGAAGGCUUGGAGAACCGACUCGGGAGGAUGGAGUCUUUGUUGAAACUCUCGGGACUUUUGUCAGAGGAAGACGGUGGAAAGACAGACCUCGGGACCUUGGAGAAACGCCUCGCCGAUCGGUCCAUGUCCGCUGGCGCCCCGUCCGCUGGCGCCCCAUCCGCUGCGAAGAGCCCGAAUCGAUUCACCGCGCCGCCGUCGGCCACCCAGUCCCAGCAGAAUACAGCGUCCCGCCAAUCAACCCCCCGCGUGGAAUCCCAGCCGAGCCCGCACACGGCUCCCACGUCGCCCGAAUCGCAGAAGGACUCGGAACCGGAGGUGGAGGGGUUAUCGGAUAUGAUGUGCUCGCUGGUAACGAACAACUGCGGCGAGACGCGGUAUAUCGGGUCGUCCUCGGGGUUUUCGAUCUUCUCGCCCAAGGGUAUCCAAUGGGUCAACGAGAAGACGGGUGAUACUUCGUUUCAGGAUAUGAUCUCGUCGGCGUAUGUCGACGAUAACAAGUGGAUGUAUUGGAAGCCGGAGAUCUUCAGUGAUAUCUUUGCUCGGCGUGUCUUCAAACCGCUACCGCCCAAGGAGGAAGCCAUGUCUCUCUUCCGGGACUUCUUUGAGAACUUCAAUUGCAUGUUUCCACUCUUCCACGAGCCCACCUUCAUGCACUUGGUGGAGCGCCAGUAUUCGCGCGACCCUUACGAGGGUUCCGGCUGGUGGGCCAGCAUCAACGUUGUCCUGGCCAUUGCGCAUAGAUUGCGAGUCAUGAGCAACUUGGUCCCCCAGGAAGAGGACAAGAAAGGGUGGCUGUAUCUGAAGAACUCGAUGGGGGUCUUGACUGAACUCACCAUGCGAAAUACGGAUUUGCUGAGCGUACAGGCGUUGCUUGGCAUGUCUCUGUUCCUCCAAGGAACACCCAACCCUCAGCCAUCGUUCUUCCUCGUUGCGGCCGCGAUCAGACUUUCUCACAGCAUUGGCUUGCACAAGAGAGGGUCUGGCUUUGGGUUGAACCCGGUGGAGGUUGAGCAACGGAAACGGGUUUUCUGGAUUGCCUACCUUCUUGACAAGGACAUCUGUCUCCGAUCUGGCCGUCCUCCGGUGCAGGACGAUGAUGAUAUGAAUGUUGAAUUACCGAGUGACGAUCCUCCCGAUAAUAUUGGCAAUGUGCCCCUUGCCGAUGGCAAAGGAAAAUUCAACCUAUUUAGGUGCAUGUGCCGCUUUGCCAUCAUCGGAAGCCGGGUCUAUAAGCGACUCUACUCCGCCAAGGCCUCCAAGCAGUCGGACGGCGAGCUACUAAACACCAUUGGCGAACUGGACAAGGAGCUGGAAGAGUGGAAGGAUAGCAUUCCUCUGGACUUCCGACCGGAACACGAAAUCAAAGCCUCUCACACCCCUCUAAUUCUCCAUGUGGUGGUCCUUCACUUUGCCUACUACAACUGCUUGACGACCAUUCACCGAAUGUCCGUGCACCACGGGUAUUGGACAAGCCGUCUGUCCAACUACGCCAUCCAGGGACUGAAUGCUCGGCCGCUGAAUCCCCGCGUGUUCCUAUCGGCUGUGCUCUGUGUCACCGCUGCGCGAGCAUCCAUCAACCUCAUCAAAUAUAUUCCCCAAGGCGACUUUGCUUGUGUAUGGCUAAUACUCUAUUACCCCGUGUCGGCCUUGGUGACCCUGUUUGCCAAUAUCCUGCAAAAUCCAAACGACGCCCGUGCUCGUUCCGACGUCAAACUGAUGAACGUCGUGGUCAACUUCCUCUCGACCCUUGUCUCCGACGAAUCCAACGGUAGCAUCAAGCGCAUGCUCGGCCUGUGCGGGGAGUUCGAACGCAUCGCUCAGGUGGUGCUCGACAAGGCCGAGCGAGAGUCUCACACCAAGAAAAAGCGCAAGGCGCCUCCCGAUGAACCUCAGAACGCGCAGCGACAUAGCCCCGAGGAGUCUUCUGGCCCUUCUCCCUCUGCAAAGAGACCCGCGAAUGCACCGCCUACUACCGCGCCAUUUACCCCACCCAUAUACUCAGGCAACGUUCCCGAGAACGAACCCAACGAGCCCAACGAAGCAAGAACCUUCGCGCCGAGCCAAACAGUCCCAGGACCCACCAGCUUCCCACCCAACGUACACGACAACCUCCAAGCCAUGUCAGGCCUGGGACAGGACUUCCCGGAGAUGCUCAGUCCCAACAUGGACGGGCUCGGAUUCGGCGACCCCGCCUCCUUCGCCAGCACCCCCAAUCACCCGAUGUCAUUCCAGCAACCCUUUGUCCCACAGGAUCUCUGGCAGAUGCCAAUGACCAUAGAGUGGGACUGGGCCGACAUGUCGACGAAUUUCCCGGUUUUUGACACCAACGGACCGUCUCCGCAUGGGUCGUGAAGCCAGCCAGCCAGCCCCAUGAUGAGAUGCGAAUGAGUAGAGCAGAGCAGAGCUACGAAUGAGACUUACGACCGACAUACCCACCACGCUCUCGGGGGAUAUCCGAGAGCCAUUGAAACGGCGUCAAUGGAGUUUGGGACUGGUACUUACUUACUUUACUCUUCCCCCUCACGUCUGAAAAUCUCCCUUCUUCUUUUUCUUUCCUUUCUUUGGCUUCAUGAUUUCUUUUUUCCGCUCGUGACAUACUUUGUGUAUGCGAUACCAAUGGCGCAGUUGCUGUUUACCUGUCUGAGCGCACACUCCCCCGGUUAGCCUCUGUGCAUCCUAACCUCUUCAUGGAUUAUGUGUGGUGCGCGAUCGGAGGGAUUUUUCCCGACUGUAUAUACAAGAUGUAAUCAUUCCAUAAGAUUCUACUCUCC